UUGAUAAACAAAUUUAAUAUAAAGUGUUUCGAGUUUGACGGUCUUCAGUAGCUAUCAUAAUGUCCAACUUGGUUAAGUGCGCUUUUAUUGUGUUGGUUGUAACCGCAGCCUGCGGCUUUAACAUAGGUGAUAGAGAUGUCAUCUUCCAUCUCUUCACAAAGGACAACCCCCAGGUCAGCCAACCGCUGCUCCCGUCAGUGAGCUCCAUAAUGGCGUCUACAUUCUCUCUAAACAGACCGACUGUCAUUACCAUCCACGGCAAUGGAGAAUCUGUUACUGGCAACUUCAACGCUUUCGUAGUUCCCGCCCACCUCUCAGUUGAAGACGUGAACCUCAUCGCCGUGGACUGGAGCCCACGCUCCGCCAUCUACACAGAGGGCCUCGCCAACGCACCUCAGUGCGGAAGAAUAAUCGCGGAAUUCAUGAACAUUCUUAUCAGACAGUUCGGCUACGACUCCGACAGGAUCCGUAUCGUCGGCGUCGGUCUCGGAGGCCACAUCGCUGGUAUCGCUGCUAGACACAUUGAAGGAGAGGUGCCUCACAUCAUAGCUCUCGACCCAUCGCUGCACGGAUGGAGUCACCACCCUGAUAAACUCAACCCCGACGACGCUAGUGUUGUGGAAGUCUUGCACACCACUGCCGGAAACCUCGGCUACGACUAUCCCCUGGGCGACCUUGAUUUCUACCCUAACGGCGGCAGCGAUCAAAUGGGCUGUGGCUCCGACAUAUCAUGCUCUCAUACUUACGCCUACGUUUUCUACGCCGAAUCUCUGACUAGUGAAAUAAACAAUGGAAAUGCCUUCGUCGGCACAGCCUGCGAUAGCUACGAGCAGGCUAUUGUCUUGGCUUGCUCGGGUGACAGAGACGCUACCUUCGGUGGAUCCGAGCCUAAAUUGUUUGAGAAUGGCAUCUAUGUGUUCCUGGCCAAUUUCACGCCACCAUUCGCUAGAGGUUAAACGAAUUAAGAAUUACCUGCAUACAAUAAAUUAAACAUAUAUUUUUUAAUUUAAUUGAAUAA